UUUUUGAGUAUUGGGAUGACUGAACCGCAAAUUGACGCAAAAGAUGAAACUACAGAAGACGUUGAAGAGCAGGAAGAUGAAGAAGUUGAGGCGUUGGCUCAAAGACGAGGUCGUAGAAACCGAAACGAGAAGAGCAGUAGGUUGUCGGCUCUGGAACUUCUGAAAAAGUGUAAAGCAGAAGGCAAGAAGCAUGCUUUCGAGGUUGGAGAAGUUGAAAAUUUGUACGAGGUUGUUACAGAAGAAGAAUAUUCAAGUCGAGUUCAAGGACGGAUAGAAAGUAACUUUGUUGUCGGCAGCGGCUAUGACGAUGAUGGGCGCGAAGUAUUUGACGAAGAUUAUGAUUACAACUCUGAUGAUGAUUCUAAAAGACCUGGUGAUCGGAAAGUAAAGAAGAGGAAAGGAAACGAUGUUGAAAAGGGGGCCAAAGACGGGGAAGGUGGAGCUCGCAAGAAAAUGAAAUGUAUAGACGACGUUUUUCGAUCAAUCGGUUCGUCCAAUGCUGUGAAAGCGAAAGAAUCCAAAGUGAAAAUAGAUGACGAUGACAUAUUGGGCGAUAUUUUGAAAGAAAUUAAAGCUGAUACUUCUGGAGGUGCAACAGGAGAAAAAGAUGCGACAACGGCGAAAUCGGUGCAUUCUUUGAGACUACUGGACACUUCUUCCAAGAGCAGCUACUGGAACACAAGCGGGGCUUCAUUGUUGCCCAGCUCGGCCAAAUCAUUCUUGCAAACUAAAUCACACAGUCGUUUAAACAAAUUCGCUACGAAACAGGCCCCUGUCGAGACUGCGCCGGAUGUGUUGGUGCCCGAAAGUCAAGAGUUUGUGACAAUGAAAGAUGAGCUAGAGUCCGUGCCGACGAUUGCUGAAACCUAUGAUGAUUCUGCUGAAGAUCAUGUUGAGGACGAGGAAGAAAAUACAAGUGCGGCAUUGCUGGAAGGAUUUGACUUCGACGACAAUUUAGUCGACCCCAAUGUCGAUACCGGCAAAGCGAAAAGCAAAAAUGAAGACGAAAUUCCUGACGACGAUUUAGCGAGUGAUGGCAUCGAUUGGGCUUCACUCUUCGAGGAUUCAACCCAAGAUUCAAUCUCCAGCUCACAGGCCAAAACGAUGAAGUUUUUCUGGCUUGAUGCCUACGAGGAUGCAUAUAAAAAUCCAGAGUAUCUGUUCCUGUUUGGCAAAGUGUUCUGUGAGAAGACAGGGAAGUUGAAGAGUUGUUGUUUGCGAGUUACUGGACUCGAAAGGAUUUUGUUUUUGCUCCCUAGAGAGACAAGGAAAUCGGAUCCAGAUCAAGCAGUUACUACCAAAGAUUUGUACCUGGAGUUCGACAAGCUAGCUGAGAAAUUGAGGAUUUUAAAAUUCAAGUCAAGAGUUGUGAAUAAGAAAUACUGUUUCGAAAUCUCAGACGUCCCAGUUGAGAGUGAUUACCUGGAGGUGCGCUACUCAUGCAAGUUUCCAGAAGUCACUCAGUUAGAAGGGGACACAUUUUGCAAGAUCUUUGGAGCCAAAACAUCGGCUUUGGAGAACCUUCUGUUGCAUAAGAAUAUCUAUGGACCAUGUUGGCUGGAGAUCAAAGCGAAGAAUGAUAUUAACCCUGUGAGCUGGUGCGACAUGAACAUGACGUGCGAGGGCGUUAAUUGCAUCAAGGUGUUCGAGAAAACGGCACCCGCUCCCUCUGUAACUGCAGUGUCUAUAUCCACUUGUGUCUCAUUCAACUCCCAGACGAACACGAACGAAGUGGUGGGAGUAGCUCUGCUCGUGAACAAAAGCAUGAGUCUCACCAACACAGUGCAGCCGAUUACCCAGAACGCGAAAGGAGGAAAGGGAGCACAAGGCAAGAUCUGGCAUGAACAUCAUUUCGGAAUUGCAAAGCCAAAAGACUCGAUCUUCCCGUAUAAUUUUGAGAAGAACGUUUCUUCCAAGAUCAAAAACGUAGCAGUGCUUCCGAACGAAAAGUCGCUUCUGAACUGGUUCGUGUGCAAGUGUAAAUUGAUCGACGCUGACAUUAUUAUUGGACACGACUUGCUAUCUUUCCAGUUGGACCUCAUCGUCAACAGACUCAUGUUUCACAAGGUUCCGCACUGGAGCAGGAUCAGCCGUCUGAAGAGGACUUACCCUCCGAAGAGCAUGAAUGGCAAUGUGAUUCCUUCCCUCACUGCAGGCAGACUCAUCUGUGACGUCACGGUUUCUGCCAAGGAACUGGUCAGAUGCAGGGGAUACUCCCUCACUGAUCUGGCUCUGCAAAUCCUCCACGAGGACAGACAACAAAUCGAUUUGGGCGAAGUGUCAAACUUCUACUCAUCGAACGACACUCUUAUGCAACUUAUAGCCCUCACUCUCAACGACGCCUCAUAUUGCAUUCGAAUAGCCAACGAGCUCCAAUCUAUACCACUGGCCAUCCAAAUUACGAACAUCGCAGGAAACGUAGCUUCUAGAACAUUCACAGGAGGACGAGCCGAGAGGAAUGAGUUCUUGCUACUGCAUGCGUUCCAUGAAAAGGGCUAUGUGGUUCCGGACAAGUCCUUCAAAAAAGGCCAGGCGCAGCAGCACUUCAUUGAACAGGAGUUGGUGACUCAGGGAGACGAAGAGAAUGCACCGCCCGGAGGCAAUAAUGCGGACGGUAGUGGAAGUAGGAAGCGGAAGGCGGCGUACGCGGGUGGAUUGGUGUUGGAGCCGAAGAAGGGCUUCUAUAAUACAUGCAUCCUCCUCCUCGACUUCAACUCCCUCUACCCCUCCAUCAUGCAGGAGUACAACAUAUGUUACACCACCGUCAACAGAUCCCACUGCUAUGCAGCCGAGUCCCAGAAGGGAGAGGCGGCAGGGGAGGAGCCAGUUCUGCCGGAUGUUCCAGAUGUGGGGCUGAAGGUGGGCAUCCUGCCUACUGAGAUCAGGAAGUUGGUGGACAAGAGGAAACAAGUGAAGCUGCUGCUGAAACAACCAAAUCUCACCGCAGAGCUGAAGGCGCAAUACGAUAUUCGACAAAAGGGUCUGAAGCUGACAGCCAACAGCAUGUACGGCUGUCUCGGAUUUCCCAACUCGCGCUUCUACGCUAAGCCUCUUGCUGCUCUCAUUACUGCUAAAGGCAGAGAAAUCUUGAUGAAAACGAAAGAGCUCGUUGAAAGCAUGGGCCAUGAUGUAAUAUACGGAGAUACUGAUUCAAUUAUGGUCAAUUCGAAUAUUGAAAACAUGGCCGAAGUGUUCAAAAUUGGCGGGAAAAUCAAAAAUGAAGUGAACAAAUACUACAAAACUUUAGAAAUUGACAUUGACGGCGUGUACAAGUGUCUGUUGCUGUUGAAGAAAAAGAAGUACGCUGCUCUUGCGGUGACAAGUUUACCCAAUGGAGAAUACAAGUAUGAGAAAGAGCUGAAAGGUUUGGACAUCGUGCGUCGUGAUUGGUCAAUUUUGGCGCGCGAAGCAGGAGAGUUUGUGAUUGGCGAGAUUCUGUCUAAUAAGACACGCGAGGAUAUAGUGUGUAAUAUUCAGCAGUACUUAACCGAUCUGGCAUCGAAUAUAGAGAACGGGAAGGUUGACUUGGAGAAAUUUAUUAUCCGGAAGACGUUGAAUAAGGCGCCGGAGUGCUACCCGGAUAAGCGAAGUCUGCCGCACGUGCAGGUUGCGGCCCGACUCAACAGUAAAGGUGGUAAGAAGCUACAAGGCGGCGACACUGUGCCGUAUGUUGUGUGCAAAGACGGGUCUGAGUUGUCGGCCACUCAGAGGGGCUACAGUCCAGAGGAGUUAGAGAAGAGUGGGGGCAAACUGGCCAUAGACAGAAACUACUACUACAGUCAGCAGCUGCACCCUGUAAUUGCCAGGAUAUGUGAACCUAUUGACGAGAUCAGCAGUGCCAGUAUUGCACAGUGUCUCGGCUUGGAUCCAGCCCAAUAUGCCGUGAAAGAGCAAACGCAAAUCACCGAGUUGGAUGAACCUGAUCUGCAGACUCGUUUUCAACACUGCGUGCCUUUCAAAUUCAAGUGUCCGAAGUGCAAAACGCCUUCGUGUGUGUCGAACGCCUUCAACGAAACUUCAGGAAAUCUGGCUUUGUUCGAGUGCGAAAAGUGCAAAUAUCACCUUUUCGAGUCUCGUGGACCAAUCACAAAUGCUCUUCUUCUGCAGCUUCGCUCGUUUGUGAACGAGUACUACGCGAAUAUGUACUACUGCGAGGAUUGUGAUUUCAAAACGAGAAGUAUCCCAUUUAAAUUCGUAGGUCGACACCCGCUGUGCCCUCAAUGUAAGAAACACGCCCUGUCUCGACGGGUUUCAGAAGCUGAUUUGUACAAUCAACUGACGUAUCUCUCGUAUGUCUUCGAUCCAGCCAGGGCUCUAAUGAAUAUGCCAGAAGACAAUAAACUGAAGGCUAAUCUGGCGAUGAGAAAUGGGGCUCAAAGCAAAGCACUGUACAUGGUGCUAAAAGAGCAAGUCGACGCAAUGUUGAAGCAAAGUGCAUUCUCAGCUGUUAAUAUGUCGAGUCUAUUCAGACCUUUGGCAACGUACAAUUUUGCCUUCUAAACUUUCUAUAACUAAUCCUUUUUCACCUUUCUUGGGCAGUUUUGCCAUUUUUGGUUCGAUAAUCGAUAUAGUGCAAUAUUUGAAUUUUUGAAAUUUGUGCGUGACAUUUGUGUUGUAUGACGUGUAGUUUUGAAACAAUUACAUUCAAGAAAACAGAGCUUAUGUUUUUCACCAGUUGGAGUCGUUACAAUUCGUUUCCGAUAUAAACUUGCUUAUUUGAAUUGAGAUUUGGAAUACUAA